UCUAGUAAGAGGGGGUAGUCCUUAAUGAAUGAGGAGUACAAACGUAGAAGGCACCAGGCUGGCAUGUUGCCCCCCUUAAUUCUGAAGUCCGCCCCUCUGUUACUGCACGCAACGUCACCCUGUCUCUACAUAUAGGACGAGUCUCGCGGCUAAUUGUCACCAAUCGCCGCUUUGUCUUCGGGAUAAUAACUUGCCACCAUUUUCGGAUACUCAUCUACUUUUUACUAAAGGAAUCCUUCUCUUGUGAUCAUUUGUGCUCUUUACUUUAGCCCGAGGAACAUCAUAUUUUAUUGAGCUUGUUUACCCCCAAGCCAUCCUUAAUUCUCACAACUUCUCAAGUAUAGUACUACACACACUAUUACCAUGAAGACCAUCAUCGCUUUAUUUGCUUUUGUUGCUGUAGCAGCAGCCGUACCAGGUACAGGUACAGGAGGAUUUCAAGGUACUGAUGGAACACAAUUCAACUUUGGUAAUGGUGGUGGUGGUGAGAUAGGAGCCAACGACGCAUAUGGAGGAGGAGGAGCCAUGGGUACAUCAGACUACGGAACAUCUGGCAGCGCAGAUGCGAUGGGAGGAACCAGCUACGGUGGUUCUGACACCAGCAGUGACACUGGCAGUGAUGACGACAGCAUUGACGAUGACGGCAGCAGCGAUGACUCGUCAGAAGACAACAGCGGCGGUGCCGGCGGAAACGGACUCUCAAAUCUCGGCUCUAUGACUGCACAGCAGAAGAGUGGUAUGGCCUUUGGCAUCAUCUUUGCCGUAGGAGCCGUUGUAGCAGCAGCAGGUGUCGGAUACUUUGUCUACAGGAAACGCCAAAAUGGUGCCCAAAUGCUUUCAAACGCAUAAGAACUAAUCCGCUAUAUAGAUUUAUCAAAAACUCUUGACGUCUCUUUUUACAUUUUACAACCACUGCCAGCCUGAGCUGUAAGUACAGCUUCAAUGCCCGAUCAAAGACGACAGUCAUAACACCAUUUUAAAAGACACCCAUGUUCGUCAAAGUUGGUAUUAGCUUGGCAACGGUGUCUAGCCAAGAGCUAUGACCUGACAUCAUCAACAUGAAUCUUACUAUGCCACCAACAUCACGGUGCAUUGGGUCGAUUUAGCGAUAGACAGUUAUUAACUAAAUUUCAAGGGACAUGAUAUGACAUAUUCCUCGAUCAGGAUGGUCGUAUUAUCCCUUCUCUUUUCUGAUGAGCUUGAAGAUACCUAUCGCUCAGGGACUUGAAUAGAAACUGUUUAUCAACUAAGCCCUGUUUGCCUUAUAACACCAUGACAUCCAAUCCCCCCCCCCCCUCGGAAGAAGGUCCUGUCUUAUGAUUUAAAAAUAACUAAAUACCUUCUCGUGGAAAGCAAAAACAUUUUUUCUUUGUUCUACUAACCCUUUUUUUAACUUCGGUUUUUGCCUUAAGAACUAAGUUUGCACUAAAACAAUAAGAAUGACUUGCGGUUUAUUUGAUUACUUUGAUUUGUUACGUUAUGUUUCUGUUUGAUAAAAUAAAAAUCACCUUUAUUCGUUGUCCAACAUUUUUUUAACGGCUUUAUGGUUUUGUUUGCCUUCCACCUUCUAAGUUGUGAAGAUUCAAUUAAAGUAUUUAUCAUGCUGAGUAUUUGUCUUUUUUAGUAAAAUAAUUACUCACAUAAAUUAUUAUAUACAUACUUCAUUAUAUUCCUCAUUAAAAGAUUUUGUCUUCGUGCGCUGAAAUGCGUUUAAUACAAAAUCGUUUUAUAGAGCUGCAUUGUAUUGUAUGGUUUUAAUAAAGUUAUAU